AUGCGCCGCCUGCAGACACAGCUGCUCCGAAUUGUCCAGGCUCACCACAAGUCGACCAGGAUGCAGCAUCGAGUCAGUGAGCUAAGCACUCCAGUGUGUCCGGUUGGAGACGAGGCGGCUCUCCAGCUGGCCCGUCAGUGCCUGCUGAGUGGACAGGUUAUUGCCUUGCCCACCGAUACCGUUUAUGGGCUGGCCUGCGAUGCCAACAACGAGGCAGCCAUCCAACGGCUGUACGAGAUCAAGGGCCGGGAUGAGCACAAACCGGUGGCCAUUUGCGUACACAACAUCGCCGCCCUGCGUCGCUUUGGUCAGGCUGCCCAUCUCAGCGACGAGCUGCUAACUCGUUUGCUCCCGGGCCCCCUGACCAUCGUGAUCGAGCGGACGCCCCAGCUGAGCAACCGGUUCCUUAAUCCCAGCACCUCCAAGAUCGGCAUUCGCAUUCCGGACUUCAAGUUCAUGCGCGACCUCUGCGCCGUGUGGCAUGAGCAGCCGUUGGCCCUGACCAGCGCCAAUCGUUCUAGUGCGCCCAGCAGCCUGGAAGUCUCAGAGUUCCGCUCCCUGUGGCCGCAAUUGGGCGCCGUCUUCGACGCCGGCCAAAUUGGACUCACCGAGGAACGGCGUCUAGCCUCAACGGUCAUUGACCUGGCCACUCCGGGCUAUUACGAGAUUGUGCGGGCAGGAGUGGCCCUGAAGCAGACCCUCGCCCUGAUGGAGGCAUUUGGCAUCCGGUCUCGGAAAAUGCUUUAGUAUAAAUGGAGCUAUCCAAAUACAUUAUUAUUGUCAAGCUUAAA